AGAAGGAAGAAACAUUUCGUGUAAAGUGCUAAAAGUUGUAAAAAAAAAAACAAAAAUUUCGAAAAGUUUUGCAUAAAUAAUUUGUUAAUAUUGUUAUCAAAUAUGAAUCAACAGCCACUUAAGAUCACCUAUCAUUCAGGGGAUAAUAAAAUUAAUGUCUAUUUGAAAAUGCCCUCAUCCAAUUAUCAUGUCGUAAAAAAGGAAAUCAAGAUGUGUUUGUUCGUAGAACACAACCAACCUCCCUGUAAACUACGCACAUAUUAUAUUGAUGAAGACCAUGACGAAAUCGAAAUUGUCAAUCAAUGUGAUUAUGAAAUUUUCAUGGACAAAUGUUCUAUACGCCAACACUUGCAAGUCACUCCUAUUAGCAUGAAGGCAGAGGAAAAACCAAAAGUAGUGACCUCCACUGAGUCGUCAUCGGCUUCACAACAAGCCAAGAAACCACCAGCUGCCGCUGGUUCUUAUGAUUUAGCUGUACACGAACAUAUUGCAUGUGAUGCUUGUGACAUGGCCCCCAUUAAAGGCUUUCGCUACAAGUGCAUCCAGUGUCGCAACUAUGAUUUAUGUGAAAAUUGUGAAUCGAAACAUAUACACUCGGAACAUAUGAUGGUACGUCUACCCACAAACAAUUGUCCCAAUUUUAUUAUUUCACGUCGUAAUUCACGCAGACAAGAGGACGUCCAGGGUGAAUUCGAAGUUAUUAAUAGUUUUAUGGGGCGAUUUUCGCUAGCUAAUAUGGAUGCAAUGAAACAGCAAAAAGAUAUUUUGAAGCUUCCGCGAUAAGUGCAUCCAGGAUCGCGACUAUAAUUUACAUAAAUACAUAUGUCAAAAUUGUGAAUAGAAACAUAUACACUCGGAUUAUACUAUAGCAUGCAUGCCCAUUAUCACUAGAAACGGCAAUCAUUCUAAUUGUGCAUUUACACCAAAAAAAAAAUAUAAAAUUCUUACUUGUACCAUCUUAAGAACUUUUUAAAAAGUAAAAUAAAAACACGCAGCAUAUCAUCAGGAUAAACAAUUUUGAUCAUAGAGUGCGUUUCUCUAUGAUUUUGACUAUGGACAGUGAAAACUUUUAAAAUAGCGAUAUUCAAAUUGAAA